AUGGGCGACCACUACUACCGCUCAGGUGGUGGUGAGCACCGCUACGAGGACUCACGAUACGAUGGACGACAGUACGAUCCACCGCGCUACGAUCGAUAUGAAGAGCGGGAUUAUGGUGGCGGGCGCGAGUACAGGGACCACAAGUACGACAGAUAUGCCAGAGACCAUUACUACGAUCGUGCGCCACCACCUCUGCCUCCUCCCCCACCACGCGCGGACGAUGGCUACACAUUCAGAGGUGCUGCAGAGAGGCGACCGUAUCAACCACAUGAGGAGUUCAGCUUUCGUGCGCCUGGCCCACGCUUCCCGCCCCAGGACAACUACUCCCAACCUUUGCCACCGCAACGUUCCCAUCGAGGCAGAGGUGCUGAUCGCCAGCGUGGCUAUGGCGGACCGCGUGCCAUCGAUGUUGCACGCGAGAGGCACGCCUCUGCCCGUGGUCGUGGCCGCGGUGGCUUUCGCAGCAAAGCCGCUCAUAGGCGCGAAAUCCUAAAUGCCUCAGGACGCGAGACCACACCAGAGCAGCUGGAGGGCAUGAAUCUGCAUGGCGAUACACGGUUCCACGAGGUCGCGUCUACUGAUGACGAUGUUAGCGACACGUCUGAAGUAAUCGACCUCACGGAAGACGGCGAUGCAGGUGACGAUGGCCCACGCAAACGUACCAAGCUUGAUGUUCUCGCGCCGCCCGUUGUACCUAAGUGGUCGAAUCCAGACCCUUACACUGCUCUACCACCACCUGAGAGUCUUGGUGGUCCGAAGAAGGACAUCGUGCAGGUGAUACGCAAAGCUAAGAACGAUGCCCUUGAUUCUGCUCACGCGAAGAAUCUUGUGCAAGAAAAUGUGGACUUCAUCUCAUUGAAUUUCGAUGAUGACUUCAAUAAUGAAGAGGUAAGUGACGAUAGCGAUGGCAUGAACGUUGAUCCAGAUGAUGCCUCGCGACCGUCGGCGCCAGUACAUUUCAGCCAUCGCCCCAGCCUUCAUGCUGUCAUUCCUUCAGCUCAGGCCCCACCACCCAACUCUUCCAGACGUCACCCAGCGCCUACGGACAGUCCACCCCUUUCGCCCGAGGACCUAAUAAUGCCGACCGAAGAAGAAUUGGUGGCCCAAUAUCUCAGCAAGGGCUCAGACAGGAAACGCAAGCGUGACGAUAGUCGUGGACGUCGCAAAGGAGACAUCAUCGACGACUGGAAACCAAAUCGUUCGAACUCGACACCAUGGUGUGUAUCUGAUUACUCCGAUACUUCCAGCACAGCAUUAAGACUUCAUAAGGAGAUCUGCGACUUCUACGAUUUCGUGCGACCAUUUGAGUACGAGGAGAGCGUGCGACAAGCGCUCAUUACCCGCAUACAGAAAGCUGUUCGCACCUCGCCGGCUCGGGGUGCCCAUAAUGUGGAGAUCCUCUGUUUCGGCUCUUUCGCUGCUGGCUUAUACCUCCCAACUGCUGACAUGGACCUUGUGGCGGUGACAAAACAGUAUAUGAAAGGAGGAUACCCCGCGUUCGGUCAGUCCAACAAGGAGAUGCGCAAGGUAUCAGAGCAUUUGACACGGUACAACAUUGCCGACUCGAUUUCGAUGAGAGUCAUAUCGAAGGCGAAGGUGCCAAUUAUCAAAUUCGAUGAUUUGGAAACCGGUAUUCAUGUUGAUGUCUCCUUCGAGAAUGAUUCCGGCCUUAAAGCGAACGAAACCUUCCGACGAUGGAAGGCAGAGUAUCCGGCGAUGCCCGUGCUUGUCGUGCUAAUCAAGCAGCUACUCGCCAUGCGUAAUUUGAACGAGGUCUACCUUGGCGGCAUCGGAGGCUUCACCAUCAUAUGCAUGGUAGUCAGCAUGAUGCAGCUGAUGCCUGAGAUCCAAUCAGGCGCUAUGAGAGCUGAACUUCACUAUGGCCAAUUGUUGAUGCACUUUCUUGAUCUCUACGGUAAUCGCUUUGACGUCCGCACAGUCGGCGUACGUAUGUCGCCCCCAGGUUACUUCGACAAGAUCGAGAACCCAAUGCCAAGACAGAAUAAUGAGAGGCUUACUAUCGAGGACCCCAACAACGCAGCUAAUGAUAUCGCUGGCGGCUCGCAUGAAAUCAAGACAGUCCUUGACUGCUUUCGGAGCGCUCACACCGCCCUCCAGCGUCGCUUGGCCGAUGUUGAUGCAGAACCUGAGAGUGUUCUCAGUAUCCUUGGAUGUAUGUGGGGCGGCAAUUAUACUUCCUUUAUGAAUCAGCGCCAGAAGCUUAGUGUGCUUCAUCGCGGGCAUGCAGCAACUCCGCCGCCGGCUCCUGCACCACAGUAUCUCGUGCAGAACAACAAGAAAGGGAAGAAUGUGUCUGCCACUUCAACAAACUCGAAUGGGGUUCGUCAUCAUCAGCAGCAAUUUACGAGACCUCUAGACGCGAACGGGAAUUCCCAUUCGUACCCUCUCCCGCCCAGGCCGCCAAUGUCUCCUGCCACUCACGCUUUGCCCCCGAAGCCGACCACUCAAGAUACAAUGGCGUAUGCGCAGGACAGCAACUCGAACUUGACUGGGAGCGCAUUGCUGCCGACGCCCCGUCACAAUCAUGGCGGACUGGACAGUGCGCCUGGGCAGAACGGUCGAGGCGUGAGACCGCCAAGGAACACGGAGGAGGCUCUCAGAAUGAGCAACGACGAAGUUGCAGCAGUCCUUCGUACUGGUGUCAGCCAGUAUUUCAGCAAGCCACAACUCAAGAGAUACAGGAAGACAGCAAAGAAGCUGAAAGUGGAGAAGUCCGCAGUCGACGUUGGUGGUCAACAAUAUGGCGUUGAUCAAGUCUCUUCACCCAAGACAUCGGAACGCAACAGGAGAUCCAGAGCUGAAAGGCGCAGGAAACGAAACGAGAACAAACGGGCGACAGCCGUAACCGACGCUCCGGAAGUGCUGGAAUCAGACAGAACCAAAAGAUCAAUGAAGACGAGAAGCAUGAGUUAA